AUGGAUCCUGGAGCAUGGGAGUUCCUGGCCGGAGCCAACAUCCGCUGCCCCACCAGCUCCACCAUGGCUAUUGUUCUGUGGAAACAGCCCUGGGCUCGUGCUACUGAGACCCUGGAUCUACCUAUGGGAGAAUAUUUUACUGGGAAGUGGAGCCUUGCUGAUUGUUUUCUUUCUCAUAUUUUUUUCCCAGCUAUCCAUUGCAAUCUGAAUCCAAAUGGUAUUGAUCACCCUGUCCCCACAGAAGGUAUUAAUCUGCAGCUUGAAGGUGAAGGAGUUGAAUCACCCUCUGUUAAGAACACUAGUACUCCAAAAGGGCCUGAGUCAAAAGAGACACCCAAGAGGCAAGUGGAGCCAGAAAUAUCUAAGUCUGGGACUGUGAAGCUGACCAAGCCUGUGGCGUUAUGGACCCAGCAGGAUGUCUGCAAAUGGCUGAAGAAACAUUGCCCUAAUCAGUAUCAAAUCUACAGUGAGUCAUUCAAACAGCAUGACAUAACUGGCCGUGCUUUGCUGAGACUUACUGACAAAAAGCUUGAACGAAUGGGCAUUGCCCAGGAAAGCCUGCGACAGCACAUUCUGCAGCAAGUCCUUCAGCUGAAGGUGAGAGAAGAAGUCCGAAACCUCCAGCUGCUUACACAAGAUCUCUACUUAAACCUGGAGCAUGGGUUUUUGAGGGUCAUAGAAAAGCAGCCAGCCCUUACAGCUCAUCAAGAUGAUCAGAACGCAGGGUGUUUAGGUAAGGAAUGUAAAUGGAUGCUGGGACCAGAAAAGAGGAAUCCUUUCAUCAAGGAUAUCUCUAGGAAUUAG